GUUCUGUGCAGUUCGCAACUAUGGCGGACUACAAAGAGGCUCCUCUGGCUACAAGGCCAAAAACAUUAGAUCCAGCCGAAUAUUUCAAUCUUUCACCUGAUUACCGACGGGCUGAGGAGGAGAGAACGGCGCUAAAGGCAAGCCUGAAGAGGCAGUAUAUGGUGCAACUAAACAAUCCUCACCGGAAAGAGCUUAUUGAGGAUCCUGCUCUUACAAGGUGGACAUAUGCACGCACCAGCAACGUAUACCCCAACUUCAGACCAACUCCUAAAACUUCAUUGUUGGGUGCCUUGUUUGGAGUUGUACCCCUAUUCGUCUUGUACUUUGUGUUUAAGACUGACCGGGACAAAAGGGAGUGCAAGAUUAAGGCAGGGAACUAUGAGCGCCCCUAUAAACUGUCAUCCUGAGAGCAAAUAGUUGUUUUUUUGAUUCAACAGUUUAUUGUAUCUAAUAUUACUUGUAAUUAUCAAAUAAAUUCUUUAUUGUUGAAAA